CCCUGGGCUCCUUCCCAGCGGGUUUUCACUCCGAAUCGCAGACGCUCUCCCUGGGGUCUUGCCAGCGCCUGCAGGGGGCUGACAGGGUUUCCUAAAAGUUGUUUUUCUAAUUGUCCCGUAGCUUCACUUGAUUCCGGUACAGGAGGGGAAAACACGCUGCAUUUCAAUGAUCUAAACACCAAACCUCCAGUAACUUAGUUACUAAAUGAUGGUUUUUUCCUCUUCUCUAAAGAGACUGACUAAAGAGAACUAAUGCUUCCCCAUCUGAAAUACUAUUUUUAACCUGUUUAACCCUCUGCCUGAGAUUUAAGUGUUUCAGAUGGACCGAAACGUUCUCUCUCGUUCCUUUUCUGUGGAGAAAACAAACCCUAUGCCACGUACAUUCUCCUGAUACCGACGACAACAGUAGAUGGUAGGACGCAGUCACUCCCCGAGCUCCUGCUGUGGAACACAGCCUGUGCUCUGAGCUCACAGUCAGCUAGGAGGUGACAGCUCUGUCCCUAAAACAAAACAAAACAGCCUGUGUGCCCCCUCCCCGCCCCCGCCCCGGCACACCCGCUCUCAGUGGCAUGCACGCUCUCGGGGAGCAUCUGAGCGCAGUCUAGAGGGUGUGCACACAGCUCCCAAGGGGCCAGUGCUCCACACACCAGUUAGGCCCGAAACCGCAGAUUCUCCGAAGACAGAGCCCAGAUAGGUGCCGCAGCGUCAGCACUGAUGCUAUAGUGAACGUUCAGAAGAGGCUGUGGGCCCGGCCGGUGGCCGGUGACUGAGUGCCAGCCUGUGCCCUGAAAGGGCGCUGGUUUGAUUCCUGGUCGGGGCAUGGAGGUUGCAGGUUUGGUACCCAGUCGGGGUACUUACCAGAGGCAGCCGUAGAUGUUUCUCUCUCCCCCACUCCCUUCCUCUCUCCCUUGAAAAAAAGGCCUGAGGGAAGGGACAGGAUCCCUGAAAGCUGAGGAGUUACUAGAUGAAGGAGAACGACUUCCCAGCCUUUGUGCCCAUGCCUUGCAGCAAGGCCCGCAGAGAAGAGAAUGUGAAGAAUGCACGGGGCAGGGGAAGUGUCCAGGCCGCCCGAAGCCGGCCAACUUGCAGAACCUGAUUCCACGGGAUAGUGGACAUCGGUGUCUUCCUAUGUUCCUUUAUUCCCAAACAAGUCACCCCUGGAGGGUUUGCCUUCCUGGGCCAACCCUGAGACACAGAACCAAGUCAGUGCUGGCUGUGGGCUGGCGAGGCGCCCCGUGGACCCGUCGUCUGACCGAGGCGUGGGCUUCGUGGGCAUGAGUCAGCGGCGGCCACGGGCCUUUCUGAAGGUUGGGGGGGGGUGAGUGUCCGGGGGGCUGUUGUGCACCCUCGCCCCCACCAGGAGGGCCACGCUCCCUGACCACGGGCAUUUCUCUCUGCUCAAAGCAUCGCACAUCUCAGAUCAGGACUUAGGGAAAAAUUGCUUUCAAGUUCCCUCACAGGAAGGGAGGAAGAACGGCUGUAAACGGGAGAACGGGGUGGAAGUCUGUGGCUUCAUCUUUCUGCUCGGCGCUCGGAUGCUGUCGGGUGGCUGCUGAUGGGUGUUCUGAGUUGUUUCCUGCAUCCUCUCAUCCUCCUCUCCCUCCAGGGACCAAACGCUGCUUGCUGACUGACGCCUCGGGUGCACCAUGUCCACCGCGGGAGUCGCUGCCCAGGAGAUCCGCGUCCCGCUGAAGGCGUUUCUGCACGAUGGCCAGGCCCUGGGGAGCCUGAACGCGUGCUGGGGCCGCCGCCGGGAGCUGGGGAAUAACUUUCUAAACAUCCACCCGAUCACCAUGGCCUACAAUCUGAAGUCGACCGCGCAGGCGCACCUGACAUCUCUUGGGCGCACGUCGGCACCUGCCCCGACGAACGGCCACCGCCUGGCAGAGCACGGCCCCUCUCGGAAGCCCAGCCUGCCCCCUCUCGUCCUUCCCCCAAGUGAAAGCUCGGGGCCCGACGAGGACCCGGUGGUGUGUGGUUUUAAGAAACUGUCGGUCAACGGGGGGUGCGCCCCCACGCCUCCACUCACGCCCAUGAAGAACGGCCCGUCCCCCGUGCCCUGUGUGGCGGGCUCCCGGCCGCUCCCCCCGCUGCCCAUCUCUGAGGGCCUCUCCCUGGACGACACGGACUGCGAGGUGGAGUUCUUCACCUGCUCCGACACGGACUUGCUCCUGGGGGGCGGCGCGCCCUCCGAGUUCCAGUCCGGCGUGCCGGGCCGGCGGAGCUUCCGCGGGUGCGGGCAGAUCAACUACGCCUACUUCGAAACCCCGACGGUCUCGGUGGUGGACCUCAGCCAGGCCCCCAAGCGGAGCGCAGGGGGGCCGCCCUCAGACCCGCCGCCGCCGCAGAGCCACCGGGAGCUCAGGCGGUACUCGGGCCCCGCCGGUUCCUUCCACAAGCCGGCCAUCAAGGUGCACGGCCACACCCACCGAGCCUCCCCCCACCCCGACACAGACAAGCCCGAGGUCCCCCCCAGGGUCCCCAUCCCUCCGCGGCCCGUGAAGCCCGAUUACAGACGGUGGUCGGCAGAGGUCACGUCCAGCACCUACAGCGACGAAGACAGGCCCCCCAAAGUGCCGCCCAGGGAACCCUUGUCCCGGAGCAACUCCCGCACCCCGAGUCCCAAAAGCCUUCCGACUUACCUCAACGGGGUCAUGCCCCCCACGCAGAGCUUCGCCCCGGACCCCAAGUACGUCAGCAGCAAAGCUCUGCAAAGACAGCUCAGCGAAGGCUCUGCCAGCCGGGCCCCCUGCAUCCUGCCCAUCAUCGAGAACGGGAAGAAGGUCAGCUCGACGCACUAUUACCUCCUACCUGAGAGGCCGCCGUACCUGGACCGAUACGAGAAGUUCUUCACGGAGGCCGAGGAGGCGAGCGCCGGCACCCAGGUGCAGCCCUUCCCCACCGACGGCGGUGUCGUCGCGGCCCCCGGGAAGCUGGACCCCGGGACCCGGGACGUGGGCGGCCACGGGAAGCGUAAGCACUUGUCCUACGUGGUUUCUCCGUAGACUCGGGUCUCGGUUCGGCAGAGGGUCCACGGGAGCAGGUGGUUCCCAAGCAGUUUCCCAGUUUGACUGAGGUUCAGGGGAAGAUGUUUCAGGUGCAGAACAAACUUGAACUCUGUCCAGAGAGGUGGAGAGGUGCUUCAUGCUGAGGACCCCAGUGUCCAAACCCACAAGAUGUGACGGGAGGGCAGGACGGGGACACUCACAGACGCCCAUCGUAUCCAUAUGUAAACUCGCAGUCUAGCCGUAGCCGGUUAACCAGUCAGCUGCUCUCUCAGUGAUGCGUAUUCAGAAUAAAACUCACGCUGGACUAGGGCUCCCGAUCGACUGAACACUGAGCAAACAGAAGAAAGCACAGUAUUUAGAAUCCUAGAGAAUUAUUUUUGCUAAGUUUGAAGAUUUCUGGCUCUUUGGUCUGUUAUGUUUUGUUGGAUGUAUUUUUGCAGCCUUUUCCAUGGGGAGCGGGAUGUGCCUACCUAGUUUAAAACCGCCCGAGACCCAAGACGUGCGGAUUUCACUUCCUGUCCCUGCGGGGAGGACUAGCAGUUUACCUGGCAACCACACUUCCACCUGCACGUGUCUCGCUUCUUGACAAAGAAGAAGAUAGUAGGACAUUUUCCUGACAGUUCCUGCUUUGUUCCACCCACCCGACGGCCACCGUCGCGCUGCCUCACAGAGCAGUGGACGGACGUGGUGGGCUCCACGCCAGUGGUUCGCUUUUCAGCAGGAAUGAAGCAGCCACGUGACUGAGAGUGACUGUGGGGAUGUGUGUUUGGGGGGUUUUUAGACUAUUAAUAAACAAAUACAACACAAGCUGGCCUUGUGUUGCUGGUUCCUACUCAGUAUUUCCUGGGGAUUGUUGGCUUUUGAAGUAAAGCCUUCUGACCAAGAGCAACUGUGUCUUAAUACGAGAGUCACAUCAGCACCGUCUGCUUCCAGGCGCACUGCCUGCGCACUGCCUGCCACCGCCUCCGCGUGUCCCCCGCACAGUUCGGCCCAAGCGGGAGGUGCUCCCCACAGAGGUGCGUUACCGCAACGUUCUCGCCAGUUAAACCAGCUGUUUACAGUUCCACUGCUGAGUGACUGACUGAGCUAUUUAAAGCGGAUGUGUUAGUCUGAACUAAAUGAAGGUUAAAACAUGCUUUAGGAAAAUGCACUGAUUUCUGCAUUAUGUGUACAGUAUUGGACAAAGGAUUUUAUUCAUUUUUGUUGCAUUAUUUUGAAUAUUGUCUUUUCAUUUUAAUAAAGUUACAAUACUUAUUUAUGA